AGUGCAGCAGUAAGCGGUGUUCAACUUCUCGACACAUAAAAUUCUUCUAUGUUGCGUUUGUCUUCCUGUUUUUAGUGACUCUGUUAGGAUUUUAUGCAACGUUCAGACACGUCGAAAAUCUAAAGAGAAAUCUUUUGACAGACUGUGUUUGUGGGGAACAAAAACAACAACCGUUUACUCUCACCAAAACCAGAGUUCCUGAUGAAGUCCAGCAACACGGAAAAGGUGGCAAUGGUGAAGACGAGAACAGGAGAGUAAAACGCGAAUUGGAUUGGAAUAGUAGAUCGGAUUGGGCCUGGGUGUCGACUUAUGCCAGAGUACCGAUGCAAGCUAUUGUUGAGCUAUGUAAUGUGACAAAGAAUAUGUGUGCAAUUUCUAAAGGACCUGGCAAUGAGGAUGACAUGACAGAUUCAGAUAACAGUGGGCUACUUGGUUUACCUGGUCCGCCUGGUCCACCUGGUAUCAUUGGUCGUCCAGGUGACAAAGGUGAACCUGGUAAUGAUGGAUUAAAUGGUUUACGAGGAGAUAAAGGUGAGAAGGGAUUUAUGGGACCAGAAGGUCCACCUGGAUUAAAAGGAGAUAUUGGAAUGCCAGGUGUGAAUAAUAUUAAAGGUGAAAAAGGUUCACCAGGUGGGGUGGGUGAUACUGGUAAACAAGGACCUAGAGGAAACCGAGGCAAAAAGGGUGCCACAGGGCUCAGAGGACCUCCAGGAUUCAAUGGAACCUGUUCACCAUGCUUGGCUGGUCUAGAAAAUGAGGGAAAAAACUCAGACGGUGGUAAUGAUGCUAUAGUAACUGGUCCACCCGGUCCACCCGGUCCACCAGGUGAAAAAGGUGACACAGGUAUGAAAGGUGACCAAGGAGAAAAGGGAGAUAUGGGAGAACCUGGUAUCGAAGGAGAAAUGGGGAAUGAUGGAUUGGAUGGAGAAAUGGGUCCAGAAGGCCCACCUGGACAGAAAGGAGAAAUGGGCGAGGAUGGAAUGGAUGGAGAAAUGGGACCAGAAGGCCCACCUGGACAGAAAGGAGAAAAAGGAUCUGAUGGAAAACAAGGAGUUCAAGGAAUUGAUGGAAACGAUGGAUUACCUGGAGUCAAGGGUAAUACAGGAGAUAAAGGAGAGAAUGGUUCGAGGGGAAUGGAUGGAAUUCCGGGAGUACCAGGGUUGCCAGGACUACCAGGAGAAGCAGAAUAUAUUGAAGAUGAUGAGGAUAUUGUUGCCAGUGGUAUAAUCAUAACUGGACCCCCUGGCCCUCCUGGCCCACCAGGUCCACCUGGACCACAAGGGCCUAUAGGUCAAGGUGAGAAAGGUGAUACUGGUGAAAUUGGUCCAAUGGGACUCACUGGACCAAAAGGUUUACCAGGACAAGAUGGAGUUGAUGGAGACCCAGGCCAGAAAGGAGAAAAAGGGGAAAUGGGGAAUGAUGGAGAAGCAGGAGAUAUUGGGCUACCUGGCAUGAAGGGAGAAAUGGGAUCCCCAGGUGAAAGAGGAAUAAUAGGACAACCUGGUUCAGAUGGGAUGCCUGGAGUUCCAGGACAAAAAGGAAAUGAUGGAGUUAUGGGUGAUAAAGGAGAAAAGGGAGAUCUCGGUAUUCCUGGAGUACCAGGGCCAAUUGGUCCUGAGGGCAAGAAGGGUGACUCUGGAAAAGAUGGAAAUCCAGGAAUUCCUGGGUUACAGGGGAUAGGUGAACCAGGAAAAGAUGGGAAAGAUGGAAAUCCAGGAUCACCUGGAAUACCUGGGAUAGGUGAAACUGGAAAAGAUGGUCCUCAAGGAUUGCCUGGAGUACCCGGAUUAGAUGGACAAAAAGGUGAUAAAGGGGAUAAAGGUGAACCUGGAAAGGAUGGUAAAGAUGGGGAAGAUGGGAUGACAGGUCCAGUGGGACCAGAAGGUCCCAGAGGAAGAAAAGGUGAUGAAGGAGCUGUUGGUGAACAAGGUGAAAGGGGACUAAAAGGAGCUAAAGGAGCAUCAGAUGAUACAGUUAUAGAAAUUAAGCCUACAGAAGAACCCAAAUUGUUGAGACCACAGAAUACAUAUUGUGAAUUGAAAAGUGUUAGAAAUCCCGAGACAUUUUUCAAGAUGGGAGCUUACUGGGGAAGUUGGAUGAUGGAUCCACUUGUGAUAAGUGAUAAAAUCUGGACUAUGUCUCACUUUAAUGGCAACAUAAUGAAAGAAUGGAACAACAUUGAUGAGUUGAAAACUAAACAAGGUAACAAAGAUUACAGACUACCGGAACAUUGGGAAGGUACCGGUCAUAUUGUAUACAACAACUCAGUAUACUACCAUGUGGCCCGCACCAGAGAUAUUGCAAGAUAUGAUAUGAUAACUGAACGCAUAGUAGCAAGAAAUAAACUACAGGGAGCUGGAUUUCGUGACACUAAAUAUCUUUAUGCUACGGAGUAUACAUAUAUAGACUUGGAGAUAGAUGAAACGGGUCUGUGGGCUAUUUAUAGCACAUCUCAAAGCAAAGGAAAUAUGGUGAUAAGCAAGCUUGACACACUUGAUUUGAGCGUUAUUCGAACAAUAAAUACAGACUAUGAAAAACGUGCUUCCGGUGAUGCUUUCAUUAUCUGCGGCGUACUCUACUCAACAAAGAGUCCUAGGGUGAAAGAAACAACCAUUAAUUUUGCAUAUGACCUGUUUAGCGGAAAGGUGUUAGAUGACCUGGAUAUACCAUUUAGGAAUGAAUAUGGUCUGAAUGCAAUGGUCUCCUACAACCCAUAUGAACAAGUAAUCUACUCAUGGAAUAAUGGCUACUUAGUGAAAUAUCCACUGGAGCUAGAAUUUUAAAUCUAAAUAUGCCACAUGCAGAACUAGGCCUGAGACUAAGUUUAGCUAUUGUACAAUUGAUGACAUUAUAUUAAGUUCUAUGUGAGGAAACAUUCAGGACAACUCAACUCUAAGGAAACACUUGCCAUACAAUUACACACCUACUACUAUACAAGGAAAUCAUUACCAUACAAUUACACACCCACUACUAUACAAGGCAAUAAUUACCAUAAGAUUACACACCCACUACUAUAUAAGGGAAUAAUUAUCAUACAAAUACACACCAACUACUAUAUAAGGAAAUCAUUAUCAUGCAAAUACACACCUGCUACUAUAUAAGGGAAUAAUUACCAUAAGAUUACACACCCACUACGAUAUAAGGAAAUCAUUAUCAUGCAAAUACACACCUACAAGCAUAUAAACAUGCCAUAUAAAGAAUUAUUUCCAUGAAAAUUACUAAUUCAUAAAAAAUCGUGUUUAUAUACUCAAAAUAUGAAUGAAAUGGCAUUUACUACUAACUAUGUGCCAAUGGUUUUGUGAAUGAAAAAAUUAUACAAUAUUGCAUUUUUUUUUAUAUAACUAACGUUAUAGAUUUCAUAGAUAUAUGCAUUAAGUUGGUGAACUGGUGUUUAAUUUAAUCAAAAAAGAAUGGCUGAUAUUUUUGUUAUAUUAUUGUUGAGUUGAAAGACACAUUUUAAUAAUUGCAAUGAAAUACUAAAUAGCAUGAUAGGCAUGGUGUACUUAUUCAAA